UGAAAUAGUUGGUCAAAAUGGCAGCAACAAUAAUUUUUGCUGUAGCUAUUAUACUUUUUACAGCAUGGUUAAUUAAAAGAGAAUUGUCAAGGAAAAAGAUUGACAUAAUCCCUGGUCCUGUAGCCUUGCCAGUUCUGGGAAAUGCUCACCAGCUAAAACAUACCAGCAGAGAAUUUUUUGACCAGCUGACUCAGUUCACAGCUGAAUAUGCAGAUUAUGGAAUAUUUCGGCUGCUGUUGGGAACAAAGCUAACAGUUGCUCUGUACAAGCCAGAGUAUGUGGAGGUGAUCCUUCAGAGCAGUAAACACUUGGAUAAAGCGGACGAGUACAGAUUCCUUCAUCCCUGGCUAGGCACUGGACUUCUAACCAGCACUGGUAGUAAAUGGAAAUCUCGGAGGAGGAUGCUGACACCCACAUUUCAUUUUAAGAUUCUGAAUGACUUUGUGGGGGUGUUCCAUGACCAAGCCUCCAUUAUGGUAAAGAAACUAUCUGAGGUGGCUGAUGGAAGAGAGUUCAACAUCUUCAAUUACAUCACCUUCUGUGCACUGGAUAUCAUUUGUGAGACUGCGAUGGGAAGGACUGUUGAUGCUCAGAGUAACAGCGAGUCAGACUAUGUCAAGUCUGUCUACAAGAUGACUGAGCUUGUCCUACAGAGACAGCGGACACCUUGGUACUGGCCUGACUUCCUGUAUAACACGAUAGGAUACGGAAAGGAACAUGAUAAAUGUCUUCAGAUUCUUCAUGGAUUCACUAAAAAGGUAAUCAAGGAGAAGAUGGAGAGUCAGUCGGACGAGUCGCGACACAGUAUGGAGGAAGUGCUGAGUCAGCACUCGGAGGAGGACAUGUACAGGAGCAAAGGUCAGAGGUUAGCGUUCCUCGACAUGUUGCUGUGUAAGACGGAGGACGGCUCACACAUGUCAAUGGAGGACAUCAGGGAGGAAGUUGAUACGUUCAUGUUUGAGGGGCAUGAUACAACAGCAGCUGCCAUGAACUGGGCUGUCCACUUGAUUGGUGCAGAUCCCCAGGUCCAGGCCAAAGUCCACGAGGAAUUAGACCAGUUGUUUGGGGAUAGUGACAGGCCGGCUACAAUGAAUGAUCUGAAAGAGAUGAGAUACCUGGAAUGCUGCAUAAAGGAGGCUUUAAGACUGUUCCCUUCUGUGCCAUUCUUUGGUAGAAAAUUAACAGAGGAUUGUCGAUUUGAUGAAUACGAAAUUCCCAAGGGUACCACUGUGAUCAUUACACCGCCUGGGUUACACCGAGACACACGAUACUUCCCUGACCCAGAGAAAUUUGAUCCUGACCGAUUUUCACCAGAAAACAGCCUCAAACGACACCCAUAUUCUUACGUUCCAUUUUCAGCUGGACCAAGAAACUGCAUUGGUCAAAAGUUUGCCCUCCUGGAGGAGAAAGUGAUGCUCUCCAACAUCUUCAGAAAUUUCAGUGUAACCUCCAAACAGACCAGAGAGGAGCUGCUCCCCAUCGGGGAUCUCAUAAUGAGGCCUGAACAUGGGAUCUUCGUGGAAAUACGCCCCCGCAAAAAGUAACCGUCCAUGAUAAAACUGUGAUGGUCUGAUUCGAAGUUUUGAUUUUUGUUAAAUAUUUAGUCUGAGAAAAAAUUAUUUCCACUUAAGAUGAAUGCAGAUUUUACACAUAUAUUACAGUAUUAGCGCUUUUGACAUUUCGAUCAUAGUGCAUAUCUUGCCUUUUCAAGUACAUACAUGUAUCUUUAUACCUCAAUUCACCUUAUGUUAUUGGUCAAUCAAGACAGUUCUCUGUCAUGAGAUCAGGAAAUCCAAGAAACCUCAUCACUUUAAAUGUACAUGUACUUUUUAGUUAGAAAUUAGGUUUUUAGGUUUGUAAUUAUAAUAUCGGUACUUUACAUAUAUUCAUA